ACGCGCUUCCAUGACUGUAAAGAAGUAUUAAUCUUCCGCUUGAUUUCAUUGAAUGUGUCCUUAACUUAAAGAUCAUCAAUCUCACUGUGUAACUCUCAUUGAUGAUUUCUCUUGUAAUACUUCAUGACCUCAUCAAUUCCUUCCAUGGAAUUUGAGUCUUCAUCAUCUAAACUUCCAUGGAUGUACGAUGUGCUCAUCAACUUUACUGGAGACGACAUUCGUAAGAAAUUUGUUUCCCAUCUAGAUUCUGCCCUCACUAGUGUUGGAUUCACCACUUUCCUUCACCAUGAACCAAUGCACACCCAAGAACCUAUUAUGAAUCUGUGUCGGGUAGCAAUUGUUGUUUUCACAAAAACCUAUUCUCAAUCUGCCUGGUGCCUUGAUCAGCUUCAACAAAUCAUUCAAUGGCACCGAACUUAUUACAAACAUGUUCUGCCCGUGUAUUACGAAAUUCAGCCAUCUGAUGUACGUCUUCAGAAGGGUGAUUUUGGAAAAGCCUUCCGAGCAACUGUGGGUCAAAAUUUUUCAAGACAAGAACAGGUGGCUUGCGUGUACAGGUGGAGCCACGCACUCACCAAAGCAACAAAUUUAUUUGGAUGGGACGAGAGCAAUUACAGGAGCGAUGCUGAACUAGUAGACAAAAUUGUUAAGACCGUUCUCAAUUUAUCAGUGUUGUCUGCUACGAAAUUUCCAGUUGGAUUACAACCCAACGUGGAAGAUCUUGUUCGAACUAUAAAAAAUAAAUCCGGGGAAGUUUGUAUAAUAGGGAUAUGCGGAGAGGGAGGAUCCGGUAAAACCACCCUUGCCAAAGCCAUCUAUAAUCAAAUUCAUGAUACAUUCACGGAGAAAAGUUUUAUUGAAGAUAUCGCACAAGUUAGUCGAACAAGAAGUCAUGUUAGUUUACAAGAACAACUUCUUUCAGAUGUCCUAAAAGUAAAGGUGGACAUACGUAGCGAUGAAAUGGGAACAAGUAUGAUUCGGAAAAGACUGUCUGGUAAAAGGGUUCUCAUUGUACUUGAUGAUAUGAAUGACUACUCACCAUUAUUAGACCUAAGGAAAAGUCGUGCAUGGUUCAGUCAAGGAACUGUAAUAAUCAUUACAACAAGAGAUGAAGACCUACUGAGGAUUCAUCAUGUUGAUUCUGUUUUUCGGCUGAAGCCAAUGAGUGCAAACGAAUCCCUUGAGCUUCUUAGUUGGCAUGCAUUCAGAGAAGCAAAACCAAAAAAAACUUACAUUUACAUUGCAAAAAAAGUAGUUACCUUAUGUGGAGGACUACCUCUAACUCUUGAAGUCAUUGGAACUUAUUUAUCUAAAAGGACGAAAGAAGAAUGGGAAAUUGUAGUGUCUAAAUUACAGGAAAUUCCCCAGCACGAUGUUCAACAGAAAUUAAAAAUAAGCUUCGACGGUUUAGACAAGCAAAUGGAAAAGGAUUUAUUCCUUCAAAUAUGUUGUUUCUUUGUUGGUAAAGACAGAGCUUAUGUUACGAAGAUCCUAAAGGAUUUUGUAGUAGACGUUGAUAGUGGAAUAAGAGUUCUCAUAGUGCGUUGCCUCAUAAAACUUAAAGCAAACAACAAAUUUGGAGUACAUCCUUUGCUACAAGAAAUGGGAAGAAAAAUUAUGUAUUACACAAGAGAGGAUGCACUGAUUACAUUUCCUGCGACGAGAAGAUGUUGCUUCGAACUUUAUCUCUCAGAGAUAAGACGCAGAUCAAGACAGGUUUUUUCGUGGCUAAAAGUCCAUCUUAAUCAAUGGAAAGUUGUGAAAGAAGUGCCUUUUUCAAUUGUAAGGUCAAAAAACAUUGGAUACAUAUCCCUACGUCGAUUUGAACAAUUGUGGCCUACUAUUUUUCCUUAUAUCAUUCGGUCACGGAUGUCACCAACAAUGAAUCCACUAACUUAUAUUCAUCCGCUUUGCAUGGAUAUGGAGGAUAAUAGCUGGAAUGAUAUUGCGCCAUUGCUUAGCAGCCUUGCAAAUCUUCGAAGUAUUUUGGUGGAAUGUGACACCAACUUUCAAUUAUAUAAGCAAGUGAAAACUAUUCUGGUCGAAUAUGGUGUAAAUAUUUCAGAAUCAAGAAUUUCAAAGCAUCACUUCCGGUCUUCUUUGAUCGGUGUUGGAAGAUACAAUACGUUCAUAAAUAGUGUCAGCAAUACCAUAUCUGAGGUAUUGGGAAGCAACGAGUCAUGUGAUGUUUAUCUUCCAGGUGACAAUUAUCCUUAUUGGUUGGCCCACAUAGGUGAGGGACAUUCUGUUUCUUUCACUGUGCCUCAAGAUCGAGACAUGAAGGGAAUGGCUUUCUGUGUUGUUUAUUUAUCAACUCCUGGAAUCGUGACGACCGAGUGUUUCACAAGUGUCUUAAUUGUUAAUUACACAAAGUGCACGUUACAGAUGCACAACCAUGGCACAAUAAUUUCCUUUAAUGAUGAAGAUUGGGAUAACAUAAUGUCAAAUUUAAGAUCUGGAGACAAGGUGGAGAUUUUUGUGACUUUUGGCCAUGAGCUGGUGAUCAAGAACAUAGGUGUCUAUUUGAUAUAUGGUGAAUCAAAUGACUUGGAAAGAGAGCCUGCGCCAAUGGAAAAUUCCCUGAUUAGAUUCAUAAAGAAAAUUGUAAUGUGUGACUUCUGUUUAUUCAUGUAUUUUCUUUGAGAACAACAA